CUGUUAUUGUGACUGUUGGGCCGCGGCCCCGGAUGUUGUGGCUGCGGGCGCUGGGGAGAUGGAGGAGGCCGGAGGGGUGGCCGCGGCCCCGGGUCCAGCUUCGGGGUUGGCUUUUAGGGGCCGCCGAGCUAUGUCCGGCUCCUGGGAGCGCGAGCAGCAGGUGGAGGCGGUGCAGCGGGCCCUGGUGGAGGUGCUGGGGCCGUACGAGCCUCUGCUGAGCUGGCUGCAGGCGGCCCUGGUGUGGGAGCGGCCAGCCCGGAGCGCCCUGUGGUGCUUGGGGCUGAACGCGGCGUUCUGGUUUUUUGCACUGACAUCCCUUCGUUUUGUAUUUUUACUUGCAUUUGGCCUGAUGAUCAUUGUCUGUAUUGACCAAUGGAAGAACAAAAUUUGGCCUGAGAUAAGAGUGCCAAGACCUGACGCAUUAGAGAAUGAGAGCUGGGGCUUUGUGCACCCUCGGUUGCUCAGCGUGCCCGAGCUCUGCCACCAUGUAGCUGAAAUCUGGGUUAGUGGGACCAUUUUCAUAAGGAAUCUUUUGCUUUUCAAAAAGCAAAACCCAGGCAAGUUCUGCUUGCUGAGCUGUGGCAUACUGACAUUUUUGGCUGUCUUGGGCCGCUACAUCCCUGGGCUCCUGCUAUCCUACUUGAUGUUUAUCACUUUCAUGAUAUGGCCUCUUGCUGUAUACCACCGACUGUGGGAUCGAGCCUAUGUGCGGCUGAAGCCAGCUCUGCAGCGGCUGGACUUCAGUGUCCGUGGCUACAUGAUGUCCAAGCAGAGAGAAAGACAAUUGCGCCGCAGAGCUCUCCAUCCAGAACAUGCCAUGGACAGCCACAGUGACAGUGAAGAGGAGCUUGCUGCCUUCUGUCCUCAGCUGGAUGAUUCUACUGUUGCCAGAGAAUUGACUAUCACAGACUCGGAGCACUCAGAUGCUGAGGUCUCCUGUACAGACAAUGGCACAUUCAACCUUUCAAGGGGCCAGACACCUCUAACAGAAGGCUCUGAAGACCUAGAUGGUCACAGCGAUCCCGAGGAAUCAUUUGCCAGAGACCUUCCAGACUUCCCUUCCAUUAAUGUGGAUUCUGCUGGCCUGGAUGAUGAAGAUGAUACCAGCAUUGGAAUGCCUAGCUUGAUGUACCGUCCCCAACCAGGGGCCAGGGAUCCUCAGGUCCUACCUGCCAGCCGGGAUGAGGCUGCACUGCCAGAGCUCCUGCUUGGUUCCCUUCCCAGAGGAUCCAACCUUACCAGCAACCUUGCCAGCCUGGUCUCUCAGGGUAUGAUCCAGCUGGCCUUGUCAGGGACCUCCCAGACAGGCCCUUCUGGCCCACCUCCUCGGAGAGCAAGAGGCUUCCUCCAGGCCCCUAGUUCAGACCUGGACACUGAUGCUGAGGGAGAUGACUUUGAACUUCUAGACCAAUCAGAGCUGAAUCAGCUGGACCCUGCCAGUUCCAGGAACCACUGAGGAGAGACUUCUUUUUGGGGGUCACUGUGGUGUAGGGUUUUUAUUCUCCCCACCCCACUUACAGUGACAGGGCAAGGGAAGAACCCAGAUCUCGUCCCCUGAAUUUAUCUGUAUGCUGGGUGGCCUACCUGAUGCACAGAGGCUGUUGAGAAGAUUCUCAUUGCCUGCUGCCAGCUAGAUCCCCAAUUCUGUGCUUAGUCACUGGAGUGAGAAUGUGCUCCCCAAAGGGAGGCUUCUCUCCAUCACGAUGGUACUACAGGCAGCAAAGUAGUCAGGGAUGUUGAUUCCCCUCCAACGAGGCACUGCUGUUUGUUUUUAGGUCAGGGUGCUCAGGGGCCCUCACUGAUUGAAGAGCCCAUCUCUGCCUCCUCUCACCUCACUGGAGCCCCAAUCAGGCAGCAGCCAGAAUUGUCAUUUUUGUCUUAAACCAUGAUUCGAUUUAUUUUCUUAAUGCAAGCUUGUCCUGUGGUUCUGCAGAACAGAUCUAUUCCCUGUCCCCUCACCCAUCUUCAUUUCUUGAUGACUGACCCCCCCACCCCCAAUGUUCCAGAAUGCUUAUGAAAUUUAAGAAAUGUGAACACGAUAUGGGGGUGAGCCUCUUCUCCAUCUUGGGCUAUAGGGGUCAGCUGGCUGGUAGAGUGACUCUACCAUGAGGUCUCGGGUCUUCUGGAGCUAUGUGGUUGUUUUUGGUGCUGUUAACCCUGGCUCCAUUUAACCAUCAGCCUGAGCAGUGAACAAAGCAAUAUCAUAUCCUUUUUUUUUUUUUUUUGGUCUUUUUGAGACAGGGUCUCCCUGUAGCCCCAGCUGUCAUGGAACUCACUAUGUAGACCAGGCUGGCCUUGAACUCACAGAGAUCCGCCUGCCUCUGCCUCCGCCUCCCGAGUGUUGGGAUUAAAGGCGUGUGCCACCACGCCCAGCUUUCAUACCCAUUUUUAUGUUCCCAUUCCUUUCCCUGUUCCUCCUCUGGAGAAGCAAUAACUCCACGGGGGAUGACAAAGUAGCACUUUACAAAUGGCUCCAGGGCACACAUCCCAGGAGCCACUAGCUCUUCUUGCACCAGCUGUCCAUACCAUAUUGCUUCCUAACUCUUUUAAGGAAGUUAUCAAGAAUGUGUUGGUAAUUAGUAGAGACCCUUCUGGAGGGGUAUGUAUUCUCUAGCCCCUAGUUAAAUCAUGUAGAGAAAAAAAAAAAGCCCCUAAAUGAUCACUGGUUCUAAACCUAUGCCAGCUUACUGCCUCUCUCUGCCUCCAAUCAGAGCUCAAGCCAAAUUCUUCUGUCCUCUUUCCCUCCUGCAUUAACCCUUUUGCUGAUCCUCAGGGACCACUCCCCCAGCAUCCCCAUAAUUGGGUAAGGGACGAUUGACAGACCCCAUUUUCAUGUGCUGCAGGUUGGGGCGUGCUAAUAUAUAUUUGCUCUUGGUUGACGGACAAGGUAGAGGCUGGGAGUGAAAAUACUAACAGGAGAAUGGCUAGGUGCUUGUUCCAUAAUCAGUGUGAAGGUUAGGAAUAAUGCAUCUUCCUCACUUUAGGGUCUCAAAUAGACUUUGAACAUUUCUUUCCUCAGAGCCAGAUGUCUUACAAGUGAGCUCUGAUGUGGGGGGGGGGGAAAGGGAGGCGUGGGAAAGGAGUGGGAGUUUGCGUGUUCACAUGAGUGUGUGUAGCUUCAUGCAUUGGGAUUUGGCAAGGAGGGAAGGAAGAAAAAUCUAGAAGGUCUGUCUUGUAUCUGAGGGAUCCUGCUCUGAAUGUCCUGAAUCCUCCACUGUGAAUUGGGGUGGGUGUUUGAGAAUAAAUCUUGUAUGACAACAA